AUGCUCGCAAGCUUUCCCACUAUUGUUCUCGCCGCCAGCAGCUCAGCUGUAUCGUUGGCAGGAGAUGCCCGCACCAUCAAAGUUUCAUUUAAGCCGGUCAGACUUCAGUAUCCUCAGCAGGAACAACACCGGCAUCUCAGAGCAAAGAACAUUACUAAUCAGCUUAUGAAACCAGACUUGAUAUACUUGUCAACACACUGCAGAGAUACAGACAUCACGUCAUCACACCUCUGUACAGCAGAUGGUUUGGCCACGGGAGUCAGACGCUCCAAUCUUCUGUUUGACAGCAAACGCAGCGUGAUGUGGAAGCUGGUCGGGGACGGAGCAAGUGCUGCUGACUUUGUCGUCCUUGGUAUCGGCCGUCUGUCCGGCCACCCAAGUCUGUGUUUGAUAACUGCCCACUUGAGCCCAUGGAAAGUGAGAAUCAGCACGGUGCCGGGUCAGGAAAGCAGCGUGAUGUGUUUCUCAGUCAAACGCAGCGGAAAUGUCAGCGCUCACUUCCUCUGUCUGUCUGUCUGUCUGUGUGUGUUCCUCCUGCAGGACGGGAAAGCCGACUGUAAGCAGGAGAAAUGCCCGCUGGUGUCUGAAGACUGUGCUCUGGUGGUGAAACAGACCGGGGCCUGCUGCGAGAGGUGCAAAGGCUGCAUGUUAGACGGGAUCUCCUACAACAGCUCCGUGUCCUGGACAAGCUCCACCAAACCCUGCAUCACAAGACGCUGUCAGGAAGGUGUGAUCACUGAGGCAGAGGUUCAAUGUGUCAUCCACUGCAAGAACCCGAAAAUCCACCCCAAGAAGUGCUGCCCCACCUGCCCCAGCUGCAUCUUUGAGGGCCGUCUGUAUAAAGAGAAAGAGGAGUUCAGCCCGGAGGGACAACCGUGCAUCAAGUGCUCUUGCACCGGAGGGCGGACUCUGUGCGUGAAGGAGGCGUGUCCUGUGCUGUCCUGCCCGUCCCACCUCAGCCACACCCCGGCCGGCCACUGCUGUCCCCGAUGCAUCGGUCAGAGGAAGGUGUUUGAUCUGUCUUUAGGGAGUUGUCUAUUCCACAGUGAGGUUUACGAGAACGGCACUUCCUUCACACAUGACAACUGCACCACCUGCACCUGCAAGGAUUCAACUGUGGUGUGCAAAAAGCGCUGCUCGCGGCCAGGAAGUUGCCAAGGCAACCAGUGCUGCGAGGAAUGUCUGUCCUAUGUAAAGGUGGAGGAAGUGAAGUACUGCCGAGUUCGGAACAAGAUCUACAGGGAAGGAGACAUGUGGUCGUCAGUUAACUGCACUCUCUGUGCCUGCGUCAAAGGCAACGUGGAGUGUCGGCCCAAACAGUGUGUACCGAUCAGCAGCUGCCCCUCGAAUAAGAUCCUGAACAGAACCGGCUGUUGUCCAGUUUGCACUGAAAAACCAGGUGUUUGCACGGUCUUCGGGGAUCCUCACUACAACACCUUCGAUGGCAGGACCUUUAAUUUCCAGGGAACCUGCCAGUAUGUUCUUACGCACGACUGUGGCGGCACCCCCUCCGGAGGAUCGGCAAACAGCAUCAACAAUCCAGACUCCAGUUUUACGGUGUUGGUGAAGAAUAAUGCUCGCCGGACUCGCUCCUUCUCUUGGACUCAGUCUGUUGAGGUGCGGCUGGGCGCGUUGGUUCUCAGCCUGCACCAGCACCUGACGGUCCGGAGGAACGGCUCCCGCAUCGCCCUGCCGUACCACGGCCCCGGCGUGCACAUCGACCUGGACGGAUACCUGCUCAAGCUCACCACCAUCGCAGGCCUGGAGAUCACGUGGGACGGUGACAGUUUUGUAGAAGUCGUAGCCGCCCCCCAUCUCCGUGGACGCCUGUGCGGCCUCUGCGGCAACUACAACGGUCAGAAACGCGACGACACCAUGGGAGGAGACGGCCAGUUCAAGUUCGACGUGGACGAGUUUGCUGAGUCGUGGCGGGUGGAGGGAAACGAUGUUUGCAUCCAGCAGCAUCUGCCUCGCAAACCCACGUCCUUCCUGUGCGCCGGCAGCGUCAAAGUCAAGUUCCGGGCCCACCGGGAAUGCCAGAAGAUAAAGUCGUGGGAGUUCCAGAAGUGCCACCGUGUGGUGGACUUCGCCCCUUUCUAUAGGUCGUGUGUAACAGACAUGUGCGAGUGUCCGGUCCAUAAAAACUGCUACUGCGAGUCCUUCAUCGCCUACAGUCGAGCCUGCGAGCGGGAGGGAGUGCCGGUCUCAUGGAAGCCUGACAACGUUUGCAUGGCCACCCAGUGUAAACACGACGCCGUGUACGACACGUGCGGCCCCGGAUGCACGAAAACCUGCGACAACUGGAACGAGAUCGGACCGUGUCACAAGCCGUGCGUGGCCGGCUGCCACUGCCCCGCCAACCUGGUGCUGUUCCAGGGACGCUGCAUCAAACCCACCGCCUGCCCGGGACGGUGACCCUCGUUACCCCGGGGGGAAGGGGGGGGGACGGGGGGGCCGUCGGUACGGUAGUGUCCAAACUAAGGGGCCAAACUAGCCAAGAAAUGUUUCAGACACUAAAGGGGUCUCAAGUCUACAGGUCAGAUUCACAAAGGUCCAUUAACUUUGCAAAAAAAAAACACCAAAACCCCAAAAAACUAAAUAUUUUGCAGUGACUUUGUUGACGGACGGAAGGGAAAUUUGAUGGGAAUCUGAUCAUUUGCCUCAAGAUUCAGCCUCUGGAGUCUCUUGUAACGCCAGCUGCUGCUAAACUACCAGCGCUAACCGCCACGGGAGAUGGUCGUCGAAGUUUUUGUGUAUCGGAAGAACUUAAAAGCACAAAAGAAGACUCAGGGCCCGAUCUGCAGGACGUGUUUUGGGACAGAGGACUCGCUUCAGAGCCGACACGGUGCUCAAAUUCCUCUAGUAAACAGAGCAAUGUGGGGAAACUGCAUUUGGAAUAACAAUAUUCAGUGUGGAGAACCUUUGGGAUGCAUCAAACUGUCCUCAUGAUCUCUAUUCCAUCAUUUUUUUUACUGUAAGCUAAAGCAGAUUUAUAUGAGACAAGACAGCUUUUAUAUUAUUAUUGCCCAAAUUAUUGUUAUUUGUUUUUUUGAUGUUGUUAAUUUAUAUAACAGUCAAUCCACAUGUUGUAGCAAGAGCCAGAAUUAUGAAUAUAAUUGCGUUAUAAAUGAUUUAAAGGGAAACAAAAGCUAUUUAUGUAUUUGUCGUGUACUUUUGUGUUAAUGUUUGAAGAGAAAUACCCAAAUGUGACUCAGUUGUUGCACCAUCGCAGGGAAAAUGUACUGUAUUGUGUUCUGCUUUUGUGUACAGGCUGUUGUGGAUAGUACCAUGAAAACAUUGGUUUCACUUGAUCUCAUUAUUUAAGACCAGCAAUAUAAUCUUUUUCUCAAAGUUCAAUUUUGCCUGCUGCCUCUGAUAUUUAAAGUGCUGAAAAAAGUUUCUUGAACAGCCAAAAAUGAUUUAAUUCAAAUAAAUUGAAGGUGAAUUUUUAUUUGGUUUGACAAACAGCAUUAAAUUGAUGAGAAAAAAAACUGAUCGAUUGAUAGGAGUGACAAUAAAGAAUAAAUCUGUAAUUGAAUCAGUGUCUACCAAAUGCAGUGACCACACAUACAAUGGUGAUUAUUAGCAUUUUCAUGUAUUUCUGAAUUUGUGUCUGUAGAUAUUUAUGUUGUUUUUAUGUGGGGAAAGGGAGGUCACGCUGCUGAAGAGAAGUUUAUGACAAAAGAACAUUUUUACAGAGAUGUGGAAAAGAUUUACAAUUUAUAUGUAAUAAUUAGAUCAAUAUUUUUUCAUAAACAAUGAAAUAUAUAUAGGAAAUUGUGAAAAAUGUAUGCGUGUGUAUAUAUAUAUAUAUAUAUAUAUAUAUAUAUAUAUAUAUAUUUAUACACACACAUAUACAUACUGUAUAUACAUAGAUAUAUACUGUGUGUGAAAACCAGCCUUUAUUUAUAAGUCUAACCUAGUUUAAUCUGCAAUAAAACACAGAAUCACAACAAAAGUGCUUGACUUUUAUGAUGACAUUUGGAAACUUUUAAUACACUUCAAAUUUGUACAAAUACAUUUCACAUAAACAGUUUGAAAAUGACAACAUGAGAACUAAAACCACAGAUACAAUAAAAAUGCAACAACGUUUUCAGGUGAAACACUAGCACGCGUUCAGCUGCUGCGUGAAAACAAGACGUCCGCUGGCUAAUAUCUCUCAUCUGACUACAUACGUUUUUGGUUAGUAAAAAAACAAAUAAGUCAUAGCUUAUUUACUCAUUUGCAUUCAAACAGAAAACCUUUUUUUUUUAGGAGCAGAUGUCCAGAAGGGUCUAAGAUAUUUAACUACCAGCAUUUCAUACCAUUUCUGUUCCACUUCACUUCAGGAUUGUUUCCCUUUGUUUUGUUUUCCAAUGUGACUGCUCAGCUACUGGUGACACUGAAGAUGCUCAUCUGUCUCAAUUCACUCUUUGUUCAACCUCAAAUAUUCAAAAUGUGCGUGUGGCAAACGUCAAUCGAGUGCAUCCCUCUUCUCACUUCCAAAUGCACGUCCUCUAUUCAAGUCCUCCAAUCACGCUGCUCUUGUGAAACGUCACGCCCGUCUCGGGUUUGAGUGAAGGACAAGAGGGUGAAAUGAGACAAUCCUGCUUUACAACUGCUAUUUUAACAGUUAAAUACGAGGUGUGACAUUUUCAUCUGUUGGUUAUGCUGAUGUCAACAAGCGCUUAGCAGUUGAAGUGGAAAAAAAUAUCUCCAAACCUAAAAAAAUAUAUAUAUUUUCAGAGAGAUGUAAUGGUUCAAGUUAAGAAGGAAGAGUAUUAGGGCCAGGCAGGAGAAAAAUAAAAAUAAUAUUUUAGAGGAAGAUUUGUUUUUCAUUG